UAUGGACUAUGUAACGGAUGCCCACCCCGGCCCCCGACACACAACAAAUCGUCCGUCUACCAGUUGACACGAUGGCGCACCAAGAGUGGAACUCUGCCAUCAACGCGGAUUUGCGGCGGACGGUUGAAAAGCAAAAGCAGGAUACAGCUGCUCCACGUUUGGCAAACGUCAACGACGGUCCUCCUCUUUUGAUAUUGGGACAGAUUUGUUAUAGAUUGGUCCCAAGCGGAGUUCUCGUUUCUGCUCCUUCUCCUUCUCCAACAAUACCUCCUCCACCAACACCUCCUCCUCUUCUUCUGCCACCAAAAUCAAAAAAAACAAAGACCAUGUCAAGACCUGAGGAGGGCCCCUACAUUAAGAAGCCUCCAAAUGCCUUCAUGAUAUUUGUGAAGGAACACCGGCCCAUCGUCAACACCCAAUUUUGUAACAUUGACAGCGCCAGCGUCAAUAAAAUCCUGGGGCAGAUGUGGAAGUCGCUGACGCCGGCCGAGCAGCACCCGUACUUCCAAGAGUCGGAGCGCCUCAGCCGGAUCCACGCCAGCAUGCACCCGGACUGGAACCCUAGAGACAACUACGGCAGAAAGAAAAAGAGAAAGUGGGGCCGUGCAGCCACCAGUUCAAAUAAUAUGACCACACCUGCACCCGAACUGGGACCGACGCCUUUUAAGCCCAGGAACGAGGGACCCGGAGCAGCCCUUACCUCCAUUUUGGGACUGGCGGACUCAGCUCGGUCGUCCCCCUGCUCGGACGUGGGCCUCGAGGCGGACCUGAUGUCCGCCUUGUUCGCACAGCUGGAGGAUUUUGAGCCGGUCAACGCAGCUGAGCCGCCGCAGUCGUCCUCUUUUUGCCACACAGUGGACGUGGAAGAUCAAGAGAGACCUAAAAACUGGACUCCAUGGAAUAUGCAAGGACCCCAAGCAGCCCCUACCUCCAUUUUGGGACUGGCGGACUCGGCUUUGCCGUUCCCCUGCUCCGACGUGGGCCUCGAGGCGGACCUGAUGUCCGCCUUGUUCGAACAGCUGGAGGAUUUGGAGCCGGUCAGCGCAGCUGAGCCGUCGCAGUCGUCCUCUUUUUGCCACACAGCAGACGUGGAAGAUCGAGAGAGACCGAAACACUGGACUCCAUGGAAUAUUCAAGGACCCGGAGUAGCCCCUACCUCCAUUUUGGGACUGGCGGACUCGGCUCAGUCGUCCCCCUGCUCGGACUCGGGCCUCGAGGCGGACCUGAUGUCCGCCUUGUUCGAACAGCUGGAGGAUUUGGAGCCGGUCAGCGCAGCUGAGCUGCCGCCGUCGUCCUCUUUUUUCCACACAGUAAAUGUGGAAGAUCUAGAGAGACCUAAACACUGGAUGGACUCUAUGGAAUAUUCAAGGAUAGACUUUUAAUGCAUUCAAAUGUUUUUACAACCCCGAUGUAUUUC